UCACCGGCUCUCAGCCCCGCCCCCCGGCUCAGAGGAGCGGGAGCAGGAAUUACGCCCCCGCACGGAGCAGGGGGAGCGAGGGGGGUGUCCCCGGCAGAGCCCGAGUCCCCGCGUGUCACAAACACCCCGCGAGGGGCCGGGCCGGGGCCGCCCCUUCCUGUCGCGGCCCCGCGCACUCCCGGCGCUUUGCAGCGGGGCCAUGGCCGGGGCCGGGAGCGCAGCGCGGACGCUGCUCCAGCCCUGCAGCCCGCGGGGCAGCGCGGAGCCCCCACGAGAGUGUCUGGCCCCUCUGAGAAAAGAGAGAGAAGCAGCCAAAGCCAAGGAGCAGCAGCAAAGCGAGGAGCUGCUGAAACAGACGGAAGCCGAGAGGCAGAUGAUCAUCUGGGAGUGGAAGGAGCUGCGAGGGUUUCUGGAGGAGCAGGAGCAGCGGCUGCUGUCCCGGCUGGAAGAGCUAGAGAGAGCCAUUGUCCAGAGAAGGGAUGAGGGCAUCUUCAGACUGUCCUGGGAGGUUUCCCUGCUCAGUGAGAGGGGAGGAGAGAAGGGACAGCAGCCGCUGAGCCAACCCCUGCAGGGUGCCGGGAGCACUGGGAGCAGCAGGGCGGACGGGAUGUUUCAGAAGCCAGAUCCGGGGUUUGCAGAGCUGGAGAAGAGACUCAGCAAUUUCUCUCUGAAAAGCGCCAUGCUGCAGCAGAUGCUGCUGGAAUUCAAAGAGAUGCUGCGACUGGAGCUGGGGAGCGACACAGGCUGCAGAACGACAUCCACCUUUCCCUCCGGAUGGGCCCAGCCUCCCACGGCCGAGGAGCUGGCUCAGGGGCCCGUGACCUUCGAGGAGGUGGCUGUGUAUUUCACCAGGGAAGAGUGGGCUCUGCUGGACCCCAUUCAGAGAGUCCUCUGCUGGGAUGUCAUGCAGGAGAACUAUGAGAAUGUGACCUCGCUGGGGUCUCCAGUUUCCAGACCUGAGGUGAUGUCCCAGCUGGAACAAAGAGAAGAGCUGUGGGUCUCACAUCUUCAGGGCUUGGAGGAAAGAGAGCUCCUGAAAGGAACCUGCACAGGAGAUGGUGGGAUGGUGAGUGAGAACAAGGAGCAGAAUCCAGAGCAGGAAGAUGCUGAGCACGUGGAACUGUGCGGGGGAUUAUCACAAAGAACUCAAGGAAUCAUGUCCUGGAGUCGUGAGGAGAGGCAGCCAAAGGAGGAAGUGGGUAAAUCCAUCAGUUGUGAGGAAAAUCACAAGGACCUCAAGGAAACCACAGCCCAGCAGAGAAUCCUGAUGGGAGAGAGAAAAAACAUGUGCCCUGAGUGUGGGAAAACCUUCCCUCGGCGCUCACACGUUGUUGAACAUCAGAGAAUCCACACAGGAGAGAGACCCUAUGAGUGCUGUGAAUGCGGGAAAACCUUCAGUCGUCACUCACACCUAAUCAGACAUCAGAGAAUCCACACAGGAGAGCGACCCUAUGGGUGCUGUGAGUGCGGGAAAACCUUCACUCGACACUCAACCCUUAUCAAACAUCAGAGAAUCCACAGAGGCGCGCCCCCCUAUGAAUGCUGUGAGUGCGGGAAAACCUUCCCUCGGCGCUCACACGUUGUUGAACAUCAGAGAAUCCACACAGGAGAGAGACCUUAUGAGUGCUGUGAAUGCGGGAAAACCUUCAAUCGUCACUCACACCUGAUCAGACAUCAGAGAAUGCACACAGGCGCAAGCCCCUAUGGGUGCUGUGAGUGCGGGAAAACCUUCACUCGACGCUCAACCCUUAUCAGACAUCAGAGAAGCCACAGAGGGGCGCCCCCCUAUGAAUGCUGUGAGUGCGGGAAAACCUUCACUCAGCGCUCAGAGUUUAUUAUACAUCAGAUAAUCCACACAGGAGAGAAACCUGCGAGUGUGGGAAAACCUUUGCUUGACAGUCACACCUUAUUAGGCAUCAGAGAACCCACACAGGCGCCAGCCCCUAGGAAUGCUGAUAGAUCAGCCCUUAUUAAUCAUCAGAGAAUCUAACAAGGAGAGAGACCCUACGAAUAUUGUGAGUGUGGGAAAACCUUCAUUUUUCACUCAGACCUUGGGAGACAUCUGAAGAUCCACAUGGGAUAGACACCGUAGACCAGUGGUCACCAACCUGUCGAUUGCACGGCUCCGGGGUGGGGAAGGGGUCUCCAUGCCCUGCUCCUGCCUGCAAGCUCCCAUUGGCCGGGAACAGGGAACUGUGGCCAAUGGGCACUUUGG